CGAUAACAGCUGACUACCCGUCGGUUAAUCAUUCGCAAAAAAAACCUAGCAACGCAUAAACAAAUGCGAAGAAAAACCCCAUAUAUUGAUUUCCACUAAGUGCGAACAGCGCAAAAAGUGGUUAAUUAUUCGAACUCGACAAGGAACAAAGCAGAGAGAGGCAGAAUCAUUAUCAUAAUGCCGCAGGAUGAGGGAAAUACCGGAACAACGGCUCAGCUCGAUGACGAAAUCGAGAAUGUGCGUGUGGUGGUGCGGACAAGGCCCAUGGAUAAAAAUGAAUUGUCCGCCGGAGCGCUAAGUGCAAUUUCGGUGGAUAAAAUCAAUCGGGCCAUUACAGUGAUGAAGCCUAAUGCCACGGCCAAUGAACCACCGAAAACAUACUACUUUGAUAACGUUUUCGAUGGCGGGUCCAAUCAAAUGGAUCUCUAUGUGGACACCGCUCGACCCAUUGUGGACAAGGUUCUGGAAGGCUACAAUGGCACCAUUCUGGCCUACGGACAAACGGGCACGGGAAAAACCUAUACCAUGUCCGGAAAUCCCGAUUCCCCGCAGACAAAGGGCAUUAUUCCAAAUGCAUUUGCCCAUAUCUUUGGGCAUAUUGCAAAGGCCAAGGAAAACCAGAAGUUUCUGGUGCGAGUCAGUUAUAUGGAGAUAUAUAACGAGGAGGUGCGGGAUCUGCUCGGAAAGGAUGUCGGCAAAAGCCUUGAGGUUAAGGAAAGACCCGAUAUUGGAGUCUUUGUCAAGGAUCUCAGCGGUUAUGUGGUGCACAACGCCGAUGAUCUGGAGAAUAUUAUGCGAUUGGGAAAUAAAAACCGAGCUGUGGGAGCCACCAAGAUGAAUCAGGAGAGUUCCAGAUCCCAUGCCAUUUUCUCAAUAACUGUGGAGAGAAGUGAGCUGGCGGAAGGAGGAGCGCAACAUGUGCGGAUGGGAAAACUACAGUUGGUGGACCUUGCCGGUUCCGAAAGGCAGUCCAAAACUCAGGCCAGUGGACAGAGACUGAAGGAAGCCACAAAGAUCAAUCUUUCACUCUCGGUUCUGGGAAAUGUCAUCAGUGCUUUGGUUGAUGGAAAGAGCACGCAUAUUCCAUACAGGAACUCCAAGCUUACCCGACUCCUACAGGAUUCCCUGGGUGGCAAUUCCAAGACCGUGAUGUGUGCCACCAUUAGUCCAGCGGACAGCAACUAUAUGGAAACCAUAUCCACUUUGCGCUAUGCCAGUCGUGCUAAGAACAUCCAGAAUCGCAUGCACAUCAACGAAGAACCCAAGGAUGCUUUGUUGCGUCACUUUCAGGAGGAAAUUGCACGGCUACGAAAGCAGCUGGAGGAGGGCAGCAGCUUGGAGGAGGAGCCGCCGAGCUCCGAGGAAGAAGAGGACACAGCUGAUGAUGAGCUGGAGGCUCCCCUGGAGAUUGAAAUGGAAUCUUCUACAGUCCAAGCCCCUGAAAAGAAACCAAAGAAGAAGCGAGAGAAAACCGACGCUGAGAAAGAGGAACUGGCUCAGCGUAAAAACGAACACCAGAAGGAAAUCGAGCACGCUAAAACGGAGCAGGAAACGCUUCGCAAUAAACUGGUCUCCUUGGAGGGAAAAAUCCUCGUAGGCGGUGAGAAUCUUUUAGAGAAGGCCCAAACCCAGGAGAUGCUGCUUGAGCAAUCCAUUGCUGAGCUGGAAAAACAUGAAAAAUCCGAGGAGGCACUGAAGCAGACCCUACAGCAAAAGGCCACCGAAAGAAUCGACAUUGAGGAGCGGUAUUCCACGCUGCAAGAUGCAAGCACUGGCAUCACGAAAAAGAUACAUCGGGUGAUGCAAAUGUUGAUGGGAGUAAAAUCGGAGCUAGCAGAUCAGCAGCAGGAGCACCAGCGUGAGAAGGAGGGGAUCUACGAGAACAUAAGAAGCCUGUCCAGAGAAUUGGCGCUCUGUGAACUGGUAUUGAAUUCCUAUGUUCCGAAGGAGUACCAAUCGAUGAUUAAUCAGUAUACCCACUGGAACGAGGACAUCGGCGAGUGGCAGCUUAAGUGUGUGGCCUACACAGGAAACAAUAUGAGGAAACACAUUUCAGCUCACAAGACCAGUGGCAAGGAACCGGACUUCCUGGAUCUAUCGCAUGUGUAUCUUAGCUAUAACACCGAUGGAGUGUCCAAUCCUCUGCGCUCCAAAUCCGCAAGACCAAGGACUUCGGGAGUUCCGCGACCAACAACAGCCAGGCGAUAUUGAAGUGAAUUUUGGAAGGGCAAUCGCCUGCUAGUCCAGCUGCACAUCCUCAGCGGUCUGCGCGUCCAAUUUUGGUUUCUGCUCCUGCUUAUCCUGAUUUUCUACAUCCUCAAGUUCAUUUGCUCAGCGAAUUUCCUUUUUGUUAAGCGUUAGUUUUUGUUGAAUUAUUGUUUAGGACAUAUUUUUAUGCUUAGGUUGAACAACGGUGCAGUACAUUUACAACUGUGUUUGUAAUUUUAAUUUUUAGCUUAUGCUUAUUUUUUAAUACUUAUAACUAAGUAGCAGAUUUUACUCGAAUAGGCACAAACAUAAGGUAUUACUGAUGUGCUCUUGGCUUUUAAAUAAACAUAUAAUGAUACUCACUGAAA